UGUAUACCCUUCUAGAGAGACUUUUAGUUUUGUAGAGCACAUCGGGCAGCAUUUUACUAUCAGAUGAUUUUAUGAACUUAAUAAUUCCGUAGAGCAUUCCACAAAAGAGUGUUAAAUUUUGGACAGCCCACGCAAAUCAAGCCUCUAUUAACGAUUGCAUUCGAAUUGCCUUUCACCAAAAAAUAAAUAAAUAAGUUAAGCUUGCUUUGGAUUAAGCCCAUAAUUGGGAUUCAUGGAUAUUAUCCAAGCACUUCGGAAAGCAUUUAUGUAAUCUGGUUUCCAUAUAAAGUCUCUUACGCAGCGGAUAAAAGACAGUUGUUGAUUGUCUUUUGUGUUAUACAUUUACCCACUUUUGAGAAAAUGUUGGGCCCAAGAGUGCUUCUUGUGUCUAAUAUUAUCUUGUUAUGGAGUUUUCGUGGAGAGUGUGCUGCACUUCAUUCAAAAGAUGCCCUAAUUGAAGCUCAGUCGAUGGCAAGAAUUGUUAACCGCAUAAGUAACAAGGAAAUUAAUCAAAACCCCGCGCCACCAGCUGGUUAUGUGGGUGAUAUCACGCGUACAUCCCAUACUGAUCAGGAGUACCCCUGCCCACACUCACCGUCUGAUAUACCUCAAAUGAAUGCUGUUGUGGAGCCCAAAAUCAGUGGAAACCCAUCAGCUACGCGAACAGAGUUCAGUUCCCAGAUAAACAGCCAAUCAACAUAUGCCUCUGAUUUUCAAUUGCAAAUACAGAACACACGACCAGUUCAACACAUUCAUUACCACUACCUUGUCCCCAAUACCGCUCCAAAGCCGAUUGUAAAUUAUGUAUCUCAAACCGACUCCAACGCCUAUAAAGUGAAUUCAGCUAGUAACCAUUACGCGCAUAUCAAUGGAGACAAUCUGCUGUAUACCAAUCGAGGAGUGGGGCAGGUAAACCCUUUACAUUCAGCUGUGGACAACAGUGGAUAUCUCUACGAUUCCCCGGACGAGCACCAGGGUCAGGCGUCUGAGAAUACAUCGGUGUACGCAUUUAGAGAUCCGGGCGGGAUUUCGAAAGGCGAAACUCAACGGCGCGAGGUUAUAAUGAAAACAAAUACGGAAACACCAAUCCAAAAACAGCCCGUGGAUACAGUCAGCCCAGAUCCAAGACCACCGGAAGUGUACUUCAUAAAAUAUUAUGAUAACAAAGGCAACAAAACUACCAUCCCACCUGACUCACCGAAAGUAAGUGAUUCAUCGAACGAAGUGUCAGAUGGAAGUGGAUUAAUAGACAUCAGAGCAGGCACUGAUGAAAUCCUGGACAGUCAAAUAAAGUCCACCACUCCGUAUAAUGAGCACUCUGAGUUCAACGUGGCCAUAAAUUAGCAUGUGUAAAUUAUUAAUAUGUAAUAAA